AUGGGGGAGGAGAGCAUCGCCCUGUACGCCGUGCCCUACAUGCAAGUCAUCUUCCUGCUGGAGCUGCUGGCCUCCUCCGCCCUCAGGAAGCAGGUGUACAACCUGCGGCAGAGCAUCAACAACCUGGCGGCGCCCGUGAUUGUCUUCUUCACCAUGCGCGCCUUCAUGAAGGCGGCGAUGGUUCUGCCCUACUGCUGGAUCCACCAGCACUACCGCCUCGUGGACUGGACGCCUGAGCGCGCCUGGUGGAUGGCAGUGCUGGCCUCCGUGUUCUGCGACUUCUGCACCUACUGGACGCACCGCAUCAUGCACACCAACAACCUGGGCUGGUCGAUGCAUGUCAUGCACCACAGCAGCAUGGACUACAACUUCACUGUGGGCCUGCGGGGCGGCAUCUUCGACAUCACGUUUGGCGGCUGGCUGCUGUACAUGCCCCUGGCGCUGGUGUGCCCCGUUAGGGUGUACCUCAUGCAGAGGACCUUCAACUUUGCCUACUCGAUUUUCGUGCACACCGAGCUAGUGCCCAAGCUGUGGUGGCCCAUUGAGCUCAUCAUGAACACCCCCUCCCACCACCGCGUGCACCACGCACGGAACUACGGCAUGAGGAACUAUGGCGACCUUCUGAUCAUCUGGGACCGCAUAUUUGGCACCUUCCAGGAGGAGCGGGACGACAGGAAGCCAGUGUUUGGGCUCAACUCGCAGCCAGUCCCCCAGGGCACCUACAACCCGCUGUGGCACCUCGUGCACCAGAUGUGGGCCACGCUGCGCCUGGCGGCAUCCGGCAAGGUCCCUGUGUCCAAGGCGUUGUUCACCCGCGUGACGGGCCCCGAGAUGGUGCCCUACCAGCUGGGUGCCGAGGCCGCCGGCGCAGAGGCGGCUGGCAAGGUGAAGAAGGGGGCGGCGGCGCGGGUGGAGGUGCAGGCAAACGCCACCGCCGCCCAGGAUGGCAAGAGCGGCGUCGACGCGCCGUACCGGUGGGAGCGCCGCGCGCUCACCAUCCUCGACCUGUACGCGGCUGCCCACCUCCUCCUGUUCUGCUUCCCCACCACCGGCUUCCUGAAGACCAACGAGACCCUGAGGGUGGCGGUGCAGGGUGUGGUGGCAGUUCACCUGCUUCGCUCUGGAGACCUGGGCCCCGACUUCACACAGAAGGCGCAGUUUGCUGUGGGCCUGUCCAUUUUCAGCCUUGGCUUCCUGCUGGCACACCUGCCAACCGCCAGGACUCGGCCCAACUAUGAGGCCAGGAAGAGGGCUUGA